AAGAAGAAGACAAACCUCCCGUUUCACUUAUUUAUUUAAGUUUUAUAUCCUCCUUUGUCUUAAAUAUUAUUUUAAUAAGAUUUAUUGCCCGGGACUCUUUUGAAACGCUAAAAUGUUACAGGGAGUUAUUUUAUUCACGCCGAAGUUUGUAAACAUCAAAUCUCGCGAGAGUUCCAGUCCUCGUCCUGUUAGCUUCCUAGCAUGCUAACUCCUCGAUGUUUGUUUACUUUGGAAAACGUGAAGUUUCAGGAUCUAAAGGUAGCCAAUGGAGCGACGCUAACACUGGAGAGACGUGGUCUCUCCUGCUGAUUCCUGCCAGUGGUUCCAGGUUAAUCAGGUGUUCUGGUUUCAGGGCCGUAACCAGCAGAUCCAGGUGAUGGAGACGGGGGCGGAGCCUCCGGUCCUCUGACCCCUGACCCCUGAGCCUGCAUGGAGGAUGUGGUUCUGCACUACCGGUCUGGACCAGCAGGGGUCUCUCUGGUCCAGCAGCUGUUAGAACCGUUCCCCCUCCGGCCCCCCCCGGCCUUCCGGCCCUGGUUCCCCCCCAGGAACCGUCUCCCCCUGAGACCGGCCAGACCGGCCCCCGCCGUCGCCCCAGAACCAGAACCAGGAACCCCAGAGUUCUGGGUCCCCGAGACCCCAGACCUGGUCCCGGAGACCCGGGAGGGGGACCGGGUCCAGGACCAGGACCCCCCUCCCCGCCGGUCCUGGUCCGUCUCCGUCCAGCGGGGACUCCCGGGACCGGCGUCUCCGUCUCCGUCCCGGAGCUUCGGCCGCGUGAUGUCACUGCACAAGCUCCUCCCCCUCCAGAGGGCCCGCUGGACCAUCAGGGACCAGAACUGCAGGGACCUGGAGAAGGUCUGGCGCUGUCUGAGCCGCUGCGUCCGCGGCGCUAGGCUACCCACCUGCAACGCUAACAUCCAGCGGCCGCUAGCGGAGAUCUGGGUCUUCUGUGACGUCGUCUACGCCGAGCAGGUGGGACGCUUCCUGAAGGAGGAGCUGCGGCUGCGCGGGGGGAUCGAGCUGUCGGUGCAGCGGCGCGGUAGCGUCUUUAGCAUGUAGCGGCACGGGAGCGUCUUCAGCAUGUAGGGAAUCAAGCUGUCGGUGCAGCGGCGGGGGAGCGUCUUUAGCAUGUAGCGGCGCGGGAGCGUCUUCAGCAUGAAGGCGGAGCCUCAGACGCCGCCGUUGCCGGGACAACACAAGCCGCCAGCAGCAUCAAAGGAGGAGAAGAAGAGCGUUCUGGUUGGCUAACUGUGACGCAGCACGGCGCUAGCUGCUAUGGCGCAGCACGGCGCUAGCUGCUCUAGCGCGGCGCUAGCUGCUCUAGCACGGCGCUAGCUGCUCUAGCGCGGCGCUAGCUGCUAUUUAAAUAGUUUGUACAGGACUUGGUGAGAACUGGACUGAACUUGUCUUUUUUUACUAUGUGUACAUGUGUAUAUAUUGCUGUAAAAGGAAUUACCCCAUUGGGGACAAAUAAAGUUAUUAUUGAUUGAU